CUUCAUUCUCUCUCGGAGUCUCUCUCGAAGUUUACAGUACGUAUAAUAUUAAGGUUUAUGCAUGCUUUCUUUCACACCUGCUUCAAUUCUCUUUGCCACCCAGCAUUUGGUGCCCAAGAACCCUUUACGUGGUUGAAGACAAAGGGGUUAGCUCCCCAUGCAGGCCCAUCUUUUCAGAACAGCUGCCGGGGGCUCCGCUUUGCACGUGGCGAGGCCUGCCCCCAAAAUUACAAAAGCUUAUGAAGAGCAGGUCGGCCUAGAGGCAAGAUGGGGUGCAAAGAAUGCACAGUUUAAACCAGUUUCCUCUCGUUUCUUUCCGGAGCGGUGUGCAACUUCACACCAGGACAAUUUCUGUGAAGGUCGCAAUUCCAGCACGCUUAGUUUUGCUGGCAGUGAAGGGUUGCAGUAUGUUGGUGGGAGGACACGGCACUCAUGCCAAGCUGUGGCAGAGGCGGGGCCUGCACAAACAUCAAGCGAAGAGGAGGCCAGUGCGGGCGAGUCUGGCAGCAACGAUGGCCUGUACAAACCGUUUGUUGAGUAUGCUGUGAAGGCCUUGGGGGAGAAGAUGGAGCUGUGGCCAUAUCCAAUCAAGGAAGAGUUCAUCAGAUUGGAGGCAACUGACAGCAAAGGCCAAAAAGCUGUUACUGACAGCACAUACUUGCAAUCCCACAAGUUGCGGCAAAUGCGGGCCUGCAACAUUCAGGCGGGCAAUAAUCUCCAGGUGUUAAACCUGAUUGCCUUUCCUCGUCCUGAGUACGACCUCCCCUACUUCUGUGCGGAUCUUGUCACCCUCCCACGGGGUCACCUGCAGAUUUUGGACCUGAACCCCCUACAUAAAACGCCCGAGCACUUUGAGAAGCACAUCAAGCCGCUCUUGCCCAUUACUAACCGGUAUAUUAAGGUCCUGCCCUGGGGUGGAGAGUUCACAGCGGAGUCUCUCCAGUUCUUCUCGCCUGCGCUGCUGUGGACGAGGCCCAGCGACCGGACCACCGUCCAGACAGUCAUCUUCGAAGCUUUCAAGGAGUACAUAGACGCGUACGCUGAGAUGGUCGCGAAGGCCGUCCCGACCACAGAUCCGGUAGAGAUUGCACGCAACAGGGAAGCGCAGCACAAGUACGUCUGCUGGCGGGCAGAGAAGGAUCCCGGGCGACCAACCAUCACGAGAUUAUACGGGACGGAGCUGUGCGAGGCUUACAUACACGGGUUUUUGUUCGAUGGCAUGAAGGAGCUGGGCAGCAAGUCCUUCCUAGAUUACUUUCCAGAAUACCGAGGGCCAGACGGCAAUGUUAUCAAGAAACGAAGUGUAGUCGGUAAAAAGUGUGUAACAAGGCCGUGGGACCUUGAUGGGAACUUCAUCCCUCCAACGUGAGUCAGGUUUUUCAAUAUUUGUUGGAGUUGCUUGCCAGAAAAAAAACGGCAUCCUGCUCUUACACUUUCUUCGGUGACUCAAAGACUCGAGGCGACCUUUGAAGAGUAGCUUGCGCUUUUGCAUAGGCCUGCCAUGCUUUUCAAUGAUGUCAGGCGAAGGGAUUACUGGGAAGCCAAAGCGGAGCUAGCCACCAUGUGAGACUUUCAGCAAUCAUAAUUGGACCAUGAUCAUUCAUGUAACAUGCUAGGCGGCAUGUAUCCAGGUUUGCAUACAGGUCGGGCCGUGGUG